AUGCCAAUAAAAUUUGUUAAGUCCAUUAUAGAUUUCGAAGGUUAUUUGAAAAACAAUAGACUCCUUGUAUUGAAUUUCACUGCAUCAUGGUGUGGUCCUUGUAAAGCGAUCAAACACGUCGUUGAUCAGGCUUACGGACAAUUUCAAGGUGUUGAAAUCGUGAGAAUUGAUUUAGAUAGUCAACGUGAAUUGGCAUCAAAAUACAGCAUCACAUCUGUUCCUACAUUUGUAUUUAUCGAAACAGGGAAGGAAGUUGAUCGUAUUCAAGGUGCCAACCCUCAAGCAUUGAUUAGCAAGUUGCAAGAGUUCAAUACUAAAGCAAACGGGCAAAAGAGAAGAGGGAAUGGUACAACUACUGAAGAGUUGAUUACCCAAAAUAGUAGUCUAAAAGAUAUAAAACCAUUGAUUCCUGAAAAUUUCGAAGUAUUGAAUGCUACUAUAGACUUUAGUGGGUACGAAGUUUUAAAUUGCUUACCGUUGUACAAGGACUCGAAAGCAAAGCAUGUUGUAAGCUUGGGUGGUACAGAUGCAUCUGCAGAUAAAUCGGCAGUCAUAUCGGAUUCAGAUUCUCAGUUGCUUUUCUAUAUCCCUUUUUUGAAUAUUUCCAAAAUUUAUUCCAUUUUGGUAAAAGUGAAAUCUACUAAAACAUAUAAAGAAGUUGAAGAAAACACAUUGAAUGUCGACAGUGAUGAUUUGGAUGAAAUUCAACCACCUAAUCUAAUUAAAGUGUGGUGUAACACUCAAUCAAUUCUUUCAUUUGAUGAAGCCAGUGCUGAUGCAAAUGCUCCACAUGUUGAAAAAUUAUCCAACAAUGAUGAAGACCAAUGGUUUAAUAUUAAAUUUAAAUUUGUUAGGUUCCAGAAUGUUCAAAAUUUGACUAUUUUUGUAGAUGGUGAAGAUGAAGAUUAUCACACGGUUAUCGAGAAGAUAGUCAUUGUAGGUGUCAAUAGCAAAAGUGAAGAGCAAUGA